AUGACCAUUACUGAAGGCUAUGGAAAAGAUAAUUCAACCAUUCGACUUUAUUACCCUUGGGGCCUCUUUGUCGAUGAUGAUGGAACGGCGAUCAUCGUUGACUAUGGCAAUGAUCGUAUCGUCCAAUGGAAGAUGGAUGAGACGAAUGGACAAGUGAUAGCUGGUGGCUUUGGCAAAGGAAAGAGAUUAAAUAAAUUGAAUGAACCAACUGAUGUGUUGAUCGACAAAGAGACGGAUAGUCUUAUUAUAUGUGAUAGCGGGAAUCGAAGAGUCGUGCAAUGGUCUCAUCGUAAUGGUACCAGUGAAGGAAAAGUCCUUUUCGACCACAUCGCUUGCCGAGGAUUGGCGAUUGAUGAUCAGGGAUAUCUCUACAUCUCUGACACAGACAAACAUGAAGUUAAACAAUAUCGAAUAGGAAACAAGAAUGGAAGUGUCGUCGCCGGUGGACAUGGUAGAGGUAAUGAAACCAAACACCUCAAUGUUCCGUCCUACGUGUUUGUCGAUCGACAACAAGCUGUCUACGUGUCAGACAACAACAAUCAUCGCGUGAUGAAAUGGAAUAAAGAUGCAAAAGAAGGUAUUGUCAUUGCUGGAGGUCAUGACAAAGGAACUACUCUGAAACAAUUAAGAAAUCCUAACGGACUAUUCGUCGAUGCGUGUGGUACCAUCUAUGUGGCAGACUCCGUGAAUAAUCGAGUGAUGCGUUGGCGUGAAGGAGCGAAAAAUGGCACUAUCAUUGUGGGUAGAAAUGGCCACUUGAGUGUUCCUAUGGGUUUAUCCUUUGAUCGAUAUGGCAAUCUUUAUGUCGUCGAUCGUGACAAUCAUCAUGUUCAACGCUUUUCUAUCGAAUAA